ACGAUUCGUUGAAAUCAAGUUUUACAUAUAGAUAUAUUAUUAGUUUUUUAAAUUAAACUACAAACGUAUUGGCACUAGGACAACUGUUAGAGGGUUGGCAAAACCCCGGGUUUUAUCCAUAUUGCCAAGCCAAGUGGGAAAUACUGGGAAAACUCGGAUUUUACUUGGUUUUAUUUGGUUUUACAGUAAUACUGGGCAAUAAUAAUGGAUGUAUUUUAUUUGAAAAUUACGAAACACAGUAAACAAUGUCCGACUAUUUAAUGGUUGCGUCUUUAGAUCUUGGCACAGCCUAUUCUGGGUAUGCGUUUUCUCUUAGGAAUGAUUUCAAACGUGAUCCACUAAGGAUUCAUUCUAACCAGACCUGGAAUGCAGGUAACGCACAACUAAUGUCACUGAAGACACCUACCUGUAUUCUUCUCGACAGUAGCAGAAAGAUAAAAUCCUUUGGAUAUGAAGCGGAAAGUGAUUAUUCACAGUUAGAGGAAGAGGGCAAUGAAAAUCAAGAAGAUUAUUACUUCUUUCAUCGUUUCAAAAUGAUACUGUAUGAAAAUGAGAAUCUAAAACAACAAAGACUUAAGGAUGUAACAGGGAAAACUCUUGCCGCUUCAGAAGUUUUUUCAAAAUUUAUCAAAGCACUAAAAGACCAUUUAUUGACUCAGAUUAUUGAAAAGGGCAAAACCAUAAAGCCACAUGAAAUACGAUGGGUAUUAUCUGUUCCAACGAUAUGGACGGAUGCAUCUAAACAGUUCAUGCGGAAAUGUGCACAACAGGCUGGUAUAGAUGAAGAAAAGCUUGUAAUUGCCUUGGAACCGGAGGCAGCCUCAAUUUUCUGUCAAUAUCAAGAAGAUAAACGAGCAUCUAAUGAAAGAAGUUUACUUAAUCGAACAGGACAGAAAUAUAUGAUCAUUGAUUUAGGAGGGGGUACAGCUGAUAUAACAAUCCACGAGACACUAACAAAGAGUGAUGGCAAAUUUCCUUUAUUAAAAGAACUACAUCAUGCUAUCGGCGAUGACUGUGGUAGCACACACGUAGAUAAUGCCUUUAUGGAAGUCCUGGGAGAAAUUCUUGGACAAAAGUUGUUAAAACUGAUGAAGAAGAAACAGCCAUCCGCCUACCUGGAGCUUCUGAGAGAAUUUGAAACAGUUAAAAGAAGAGAAAUUGCCAACAAGAAUAACUUACGAAUUCCUUUAGUGACAAUUAAUGAGCUGAUAGAGGAACUAGAGGAGGAUAAUAUAGAUAAUAAGAUAAAAGUGUCCAAAUAUAAAACUAAAAUAAAACGCAACAGAGAAACAUUUUGUAUUGAUGCUGAAUUAAUGAAAUCGUUCUUUGGACCCACAAUAGACAGAAUUGUAUCUUUAGUGAAAGACACGAGUAAAAUUAAGGCGAUAAGAGACGUUUCUCUAUUUUUGUUAGUUGGAGGUUUUUCUGAAUGUAAGCACGUGGUUCACGCUCUUAAAGAAGCAUUACCAAACAAAACUUUCAUUGUUCCUGAAGAGGCAGGUUUAUCUGUACUAAAAGGAGCUGUAAUAUUUGGUCAUAAAACAAGCAUUAUUGGAUCAAGAUUCAUGAUAAAUUCAUACGGAACAAAAGUGUUUGAACCGUUUGACCCUGAAUUGCAUGAAAUUUCAAAGAAGAAGAAGGCUGGAGGUCGGUAUAUUUGUACAAAGAUAUUUGAUUUUAUAGUGAGAAAAAACGAAUCAGUCCCGAUAGGUACAACCAUAAAAAGAGAAUAUGUGACGGACGACCUUCAGCAAAACUUUAUGGACCUUGAUUUGUACAAAUCGGACUCCGGAUUAACUAAAUAUAUAGAUGAAGAAGGUUGCUACCGAGUUUGUAAAGCGACAAUAGACAUACCGGACCCAUCAGACGAACAACGGACCGUUGAAGUUGAAUAUUACUUUGGUGACACGGAAAUAAGAAUGACAGCUGUCGAAACAGACAGUGGAAAAUCCUGUAAAACUUUUUGGAAAUUCAUUUAGUUUAUUUUAUUGUAACAUUAACUGCACAAACAACAUUCCAUAAACUGUGUAGAAAUAGUUGCUGUCGCAAUUCAAGUCCUUAGUUUAUCUCCAUUUUAAUUCUUAUAUUUUAAAAAAAAAAAUAGUUGUCAACAAAUUGGUUACUUGCUCGGACAACGCUGGGAUACGUUUUGAAUAAUAUAUUUUGGAUCUUUUUUACGGAGCCCCGCUAGGGACAUACAAAGAAAAAAAUAUAUAUUGUGCGCACAAUUUAAAUAUAUUGUGCACACAACAUUAUAUAUUGUGCGCACAAAAUAAUUUAUUGUGCACAAACAAUAAUAUAUUGUGCGCACAGUUUAAAUAUAUAUUGUACGCACAGUUUAAAUAUAUAUUGUGCGCACAAUUUAAAUAUAUUGUGCGCACAACAUAAUAUACUGUGCGCACAAAAUAAUAUACUGUGCGCACUAAAUAAGUAAAACAGUUUUCAGUUGACCUUGACCUCAUUACAUAUCAUUGAACAAGGUUAUGUUUUCGUGGUUAAGUCCUCAUCUCAGAUACUAUAUGCAAUAGGUCUUCUUUUUGGUAUGGAAUGAUUUUAAGGUGUACAUGUCCAACUGGCAGGUGUCAUCUGACCUUGACCUCAUUUUCAUGGUUCAUUUGUCCAUGUUAUUUGAUUCUUGUUUGGUCUGUUUUUUUCAGAUACUAUAAGGAAUAAGUAAACUAUAUUUGGUUUAUGGAAUGAUUGUAAGUUUUAUAUAUUUGUCUGGUCGGUAUCAUCUGACCUUGACCUUAUUUUCAUGGUUUAUUGGUCAAUGUUAAAUAUCUCAGAUUUGGUCUGUUUUUCAGAUACGAUAGUGAAGAUAUAGUAGAACUGUAUUUUAUGUAUAAAAUAAUUAUAAGGCGCGUAUGUCGAAUAAUGUUUGUUUCUGAAAUACUUUUAGCUAUUGGCUAACUAAAUUUGUUGUUCGCAAUGAUUGUAUGGCCUACAUGGCUGUCUGAAAGGGUUUAUCUCACCUCGACAUCAUGUGCAUUGAAAAUUAAAUGUUAAUUUAGCAUAAUGUUAAUUUGAUGUAAUGCUUGGGGUAUAAACUUCCUUUUUUAACUUUCAACAUAAAUUCAAUUAUGAACACAAGAACAGUCGAGACGUUUCAGUGUGUCCACUCUUGUUUUUUCAAUAUGUCUAUACAGACUUAUAUAUGAUAGGUCAAUUGGAUGUGUAUUGAUUGAUAAUAUCCUAGACCAGGGAACAUGAUUUUCAUUUUUUGCGAUUGAAUUUAAACUAGCUUUCAGAACUUUGUUUUUUUUAAUCAUAAGAUUUGUGCCUUUUCUUCAUUUGAUGAAUAAAUCCAUUUUCAACUAUU